AUGCGCAACUAUAUUCCCAUUAUUCUUCAAUUUCUAAUAAUUUAUCCAUCUACAGUAUCCUCAAAUCUAUGUUCAUAUUGUGAAUGUGAUUCAUUAUCAAAUACAAUUCUUUGUUCUCGACCAAGUCUUUUAAUUCGAACUGUUUCAAUGCUUCCAAAUAUUCAACAACUUCAUUUGAAUAAUAUAAUUCUGCCGCAACCUCCACAUUUCCUUUUUCAUUCAAAUCUUCGAGUUCUUCGAAUGAGCAAAUGUCAAAUGGUUGAAGUUCCAACCAGUUCAUUUUUAGCUCUUCCAGGAUUAGAGGUUAGUUGUAUUCAGAAGAAUUAUUUUCAAAUCAAAAUAUUUGUCUAGAUUAUUGAUCUAUCAAAUAAUCAAAUCGAAACUCUUCCUCCAACACUUCUUCGAAGUCUUAAAAAUCUUCGAGUUUUGAUUUUGUCAAAUAACAAAAUAUCAAAUUUGGCAUCUUUGGAAUGGAUCUUAGCACCUGGAGUUGUGUUGGAACAAUUGGAUUUAUCUGGAAAUCCAAUUGCAAUUUCCAUGCCACAUACAAUUUUUCCACCAGUUCGACAAAUAUUUAUGUCAUCCACGAGAAUUGAGUCAAUAAAUUCGAGUUUUAUAGUUUUCAAGGUAUUCCUUUUUAUCAGUUUUCCUUUCCUAAACUCUUCAAGUUUUAGGCACAAGACGAUAAAUGUGAAAAACUUCAAUGUCGAAGUCUGAAAAUCGAAAAUCUUGACACUUCAAUCAUCAAAACUCUUGAUUUUUCUGAUAACCAUGGAGUUCAAAUUGAUAUUUCCUUUUUGAAUAUUUUUGAAAAUGUAACAUAUUUGGAUAUUUCUGACUCUCGCCUUCCUUCAGAAUUUGAAGAUUGGCUUGAAAACAAAAGUCGUGUAAGAAGUUUGAAUAUUUCGAAUUGCGAAAUUAAAUUGAGAGAAGAAGAUACUUGGACAUCUUGUGGACAACAUUUACAUUCAAUUGAUAUUUCGAAAAAUAAUUUGAAACAUUUGAAAUUGGAUCGAUUCUGUGGAAUAAGGUAGGUAACCUUCAGAAAUAUGAAAUUCUGAAAAACAAUCAUUUUCAGAUCAAUAUUUGCUCGAGAUAAUCUUCUUUCAUCACUUUUCAUCGAAUCAACUUCAGUUGAAUCAAUUCAUUUGAAUCGUAAUAUGUUUAGCGAAUUCCCUACAGUACCACCAGGAACAAGUCUUGAAAAUCUUCACACUUUGAGUCUUUCACAUAAUUUGUUGACAAAUUUACCAAAAGAUGCGUUUUUUGGAUAUCCGGCUCUUCAACAUUUUGAUUCAUCGCAUAAUCAGAUAAGCGAGGUAUACAUUUUUAAAUUAAAGAAUCCAAAAUAUUUUUGUAGAUUGAUGCAAAUGCUUUCCCAUCAAUUGGAAUGGAUUUAAUAUCUCUUGAUCUAUCAUCGAAUCAAUUAUCUUUACUCCCUCAUCCAAUAUUACCAUCAUUACUUCUUCUUGAUUUAUCAUCAAAUAACAUCGCAACUCUUGAUCCACAUUUUUUCACUGGUCUUCCAAUGCUUCAACAACUUCGAUUAUCAUCAAAUCCUCCUUUAUUUUCUCGUUGUCCAACUUCAAAAUCACCUUGUUGGUCUGAUCAUUUAGAUGAACUAACAUCUUUGAUCGAUUUGGAUAUUUCAAAUUCUGGUCUCGAAUUUUCUCUACAUUUGCGUCAUUUGAGAACUUUGCGAUCACUUUUAUUGCGAGGAAAUGAUAUUAUUACAAUCGACGCAAAUUCAUUACCAGAUGGCUUGCGAACUUUGGAUUUGGGAGAAAAUCGAAUUCAAUACACUUCAAAUUUUUCAAAGUUAGAGAAACUGAGGGAUCUCCGAGUGGAUCAAAAUCCUUUGCGAUGUGAUUGCUCAUUAUACGAAAUUGUUCCGCAUUUAUUAAAUCAGAGUCAAGUAGAAGAUCCAACAUUGUAUUAUUGUUUUUCAGGUAGAAUUUGGCGGGGUAGAGUGGGGUAAAAAGAGGUUUCAAGAAAAAUAAAAACUUUUUUUCCAAAUCACCUUCUUAUUCCCAACACUCAAUUGUCCCAUUCAGAGCCACAACUUCAAUGUUUCCUCAUCAUUUUAUAUUUAUUUUCAGGUUCAUGGCAAUAUCCCUUAUAUCCAUAUUUGGUUUCUGUUCGACCAUGUGUAAAUACAAUGAAAAACUUCUAUUCAAUUCUCAUCACAACUUUUAUUAUCUCAAUUAUAAUCGUUUUUUCGCUUGUUCUUGGUUUUCUUGUUUACAAAAAAUACGUGGAUCAUUCACAUUUUAUUUACAAACGUAUUUCUUUGACUGAAACUGCUGUAAGACUUUGA